AGAAGAAGCGUCCUGCAGAAAUGUAAACUCCGAGCGGACGCUACCAUUAUUCCUCCACAGGGGGGUGUUCUCCGACUUGUGGUAUCACAGUGUGAAGGAGACAUCCUCCCCCUCCCGGCUCGGCUUAGUGGUGGGACCCCAGAGCGCGCCAAGUUUCUGCGGACCGGUGUGCGCCUGCUGCACUAUGCCGCCCAGGAGAAAGAAGCCCGGGGACGUGCCGAGCGAUCAGUGGGUGCUCAUAGCGCCAGAUUCUCUUAAAAAUGAUGCAGAAAAGCCAAGUGGUAAAACCUUGUUUGCUAAAUUGCGCAGUCCCCUUACAGAUAAAGGUGCCAUGUUUUUAUUCAUCAACUCUGGAAAACAGGUCUGUGAAGUGAAAGCUUUCCAAGAGGAGUUUCGAUCAUGGUUUAUUGGCCAGACAGUGCAAGAAGAUGGGAGAUUGCUGUAUACAACUCCAGUGGACCCUCUGUUUUUGGUGCUGUACUAUCUGAUAAAAGCUGACAAAGAGCAAGGGAAAUUUCAGCCAGUUGAACAGAUUGUGGUAGAUGAAGAAUUUCCAUCAUGUCACUUGUUACUGCAGUGCACAAAAGUCGCACAGUCACUCCAUCAUGUCACAGAAGAGAAGGAAAUUGGCAGCAAGAAAUUCUAUAGGUACAGCAAAGAUAAGACACUUGCAUGGUUAAAGAAAAAGGUUGAUCAGACUGUUGAAGUACUGAAGGACAGUGACGUUUGUGUGGGGGGAACCACCCAGUCUGCCAGCUACAUUCGGAUAAAACAAGAAUCUGACAUAAAAGAAGAGGAUUAUGUGCGCUAUGCUCAUGGACUGAUUUCCGAAUACAUUCCUGAAGAUCUUCGCAGUGAGCUGUCUGCAUAUUUAAAUCUGCCAGAUGUCUCCACUCCAACCCCAGAACCUCCUACAAAGAAAAGGAGAGUGUCUGACAAACCUGUGGAAGCGGACGAGGACUACACAAAAUUUAAUUCAAAUGACAAAAGCAAAAAGACUAAUAGCAAGAUGACUGCAGCUCAGAAAUCCCUGGCUAAAGUGGACAAAAGUGGAAUGAAAAACAUAUCUUCUUUUUUCAGUCCAAAAGCCAAAGCUACAAAAUAAUGGGUUAAAACAUAAAAAAAGUUUAAUGUUUUAUUUAAUAAAAAAUAUGGUUUUGUUACAGGGUAUGUAUUUGUUUGG